AUGCCACCUGUAUGGUCAAAUUGUGAGGUCCUUUUGACUUCCUUAGCCUUGAUCAUGUUCACUCCCUCAGUGCUAAUGUCUACAUCCUGCAAGCUCAGCCACGCAGAUGGUUCAGAGCUGCGCCAAAAUUCUAAGUCCCACCGUGGAACCAAGUCAGGGCACCACUCAUUCCUAGAUUCUUACAUCUGGGAACACAGCCAUGAAUCAAUUGCCCCGGACUCAGGACUUCAUGCUUGGGAUGGCACUGAGCUGCUUCAGUUCCUCUGCACAGCUGCUGCAGCCACUACUGCUGCCACUAAGUCGAUAAAUCUGUGGGUCCUCUUCAUUUUCACUAUUAUGGGAAAUUCCACUGUGUUGCUCUCCACCUGCGGGAGAAAGAGGAAGUUGAGAAUAACCUUCUUUGUGACUAAGUUGACCAUAAUAGAGAAACAAAUCAGGGCUCUUUUCCUGAUUACCUGGAGCCCUUCUUUCAUUUAAUCUAUUCCCAUUUUGAUCAUAUAGAAAAGAAAACUUGCCAAUAAUAAAGUGCAGUGCUGAGUCCUGUGGCCUGAUGACUCCUACUGGAUCCUAUAUAUGACCAUCAUUGCCUUCCUCAUGUACUUCAUACCCCUAGGAAACAUCAGUGUCAUCUAUGCCAUUGUGAUCCAAAAUAUUUGGAUAAAUAAAGCCCUUGAGACUGGGCUUUCUAACUGCUCGGAUGGAAAGCUGUGUACCAGCUACAACCGAGGACUCGUCUUAGAAACAAGAAUCAAGGUCAUGAAGUACAGUGCUAUCAUCAUUCUUGCCUUUCUCUGCUGUUGGAGUCCAUACUUAAUUGACAUUUUGAAUAACUUUAAUCUCCUUCCAGAAACCAAAGAGCACUGUGGUCAUUCAAUAGCUCUGUCUGUUGCCCGUAUGGGCAUGUUGGAAGCAGCCAACCUCAUGGGCUCAUUGUAG